GGGCGGCGGGCGGGCAGCCGGAGCGCGGCCCGCGGGACCCCCGGGGCCCCCGGCCCGCGCGCCGCAGACCCCGCCGCGCGGCCCGGAGCGCGGCGCGACCGUCCGGCCCCUCGGCCGCGCCUCAGGGCGUCCGGACCCCGCGGCGUCAUGGACGUGGCCCCGGCCGAGCCCGCGCCCGAGCGCGCCGGGCAGCCCCGCGCCCCGCCGGGCGGCUUCCCCUGCGCCGUGCGGCUCUCCGAGAAGGUGGCGCCGCUCAAGACGUGCUUCAAGAAGAAGGAGCAGAAGCGGCUGGGCCCCGGCGCCCUGCGCUCCCUCAGGCCCAUCCUGAACUCGCUGCUGGAGGCCGGCUCGCUGGACGGCGUGUUCCGGGCGCGCGGCCAGGGCCCGGGCGACGGCGGCCUGCGCGGCGCCCUGGGGAAGAAGCCCCCGGGGCUGGGCGCGCCGUGCCCGCCCGAGCUGCUGCCCGCCGGGCCGGGCGCGCCCCCCGCCGCCGACCCCGCCGACCCCGCCGUGCACUUCCCGACGGACCUCCCGCACCCCGUGCCCGGCGACGUGCCCGCCAGCCCCGACUGCGCCGACGGGGUCGCGGACUACGGCCCCGGGGCGUUCCAGGACGACAGCUGCACGAUCCAGUACGUCCUGGAGACGAGCGGCAGGCUGAGCACCGAGCUCUUCGCCGACAAGAGCGAGGAGGCCUCCCUGGACCUGGUGUUCGAGCUGGUGAACCAGCUGCAGUACCACACCCACCAGGAGGACGGCGUGGAGGUCUGCACGGACUUCCUGCAGGGCACCUGCGCCUACGGCCGGGACUGCCCCAAGCACCACACCGUGCUGCCCUACCACUGGCAGAUCCGGAGGGCGGCCUCCCAGAAGUGGCAGAGCAUCUCCAAUGACUCCCAGGAGCACUUGGAGAGGUUCUACUGCAACCCAGAGAACGACAGGAUGAGGAUGAAGUACGGAGCACAAGAAUUUUGGGGAGAUUUGAAUGGAAUGACUGUAUAUGAAACAACUGAAUUUGACCAGCUACGAAGGUUAUCCACACCAGCCUCUAGCAAUGUCAACUCUAUUCACCACACCGUAUGGAAGUUCUUCUGUAGGGACCACUUUGGAUGGAGAGAAUAUCCUGAGUCUGUUGUUCGGCUGAUUGAAGAGGCCAACUCUCGGGGUCUGAAAGAGGUUCGAUUCAUGAUGUGGAACAGUCACUACAUUCUCCACAACUCAUUCUUCAGGAGAGAAAUAAAACGGAGGCCCCUCUUCCGCUCCUGUUUUAUACUGCUUCCAUAUUUACAGACACUUGGUGGGAUUCCCACGCAGGCACCUCCACCUCUUGAAGCAACUUCCUCAUCACAGAUACUCUGCCCAGAUGGUGUCACCUCAGCAAACUUUUAUCCUGAAACUUGGGUUUAUAUGCAUCCUUCUCAGGACUUUAUCCAAGUGCCUGUUUCUGCAGAGGACAAAAGUUACCGAAUCAUAUAUAAUCUUUUUCAUAAGACUGUGCCUGAGUUCAAAUAUCGAAUUUUGCAAAUACUGCGAGUUCAAAACCAGUUUCUUUGGGAGAAGUAUAAGAGGAAAAAGGAAUAUAUGAAUAGGAAAAUGUUUGGCCGUGACAGAAUAAUAAAUGAGAGACAUUUAUUUCAUGGAACAUCCCAGGAUGUGGUGGAUGGAAUCUGCAAGCACAACUUUGACCCUCGAGUCUGUGGAAAGCACGCUACAAUGUUCGGACAAGGCAGUUACUUUGCCAAGAAGGCGAGCUACUCACAUAACUUUUCCAAGAAGUCCUCCAAAGGGGUGCACUUCAUGUUUCUGGCCAAAGUGCUGACUGGCAGGUACACCAUGGGCAGCCACGGCAUGAGGAGGCCCCCGCCCGUCAACCCCGGCAGCGUCACCAGUGAUCUGUAUGACUCCUGCGUGGAUAAUUUCUUUGAGCCUCAGAUCUUCGUCAUCUUCAACGAUGACCAGAGUUACCCUUAUUUUGUGAUCCAGUAUGAAGAAGUCAGUAGCACUGUCUCCGUGUGAGAGUCAUGGCACUGCGCAGGGGCUGGAGACGGACCCCACCUACCAUCUGGAGUGGGUCUGCAUGGCUGGGAUAUGAGGGGGGCACUUUUAAGACCCAUGUUUUUAAGCUCUAGAAAGUGAAAACAUUUUUUUAAAGACAAGCAUUUUAAAACGACCACUUACUCUAAUGAUCGACUAAUUGUUGUUAGUGUUGUAGGUGUGGAAAAGACUACAGAUGAUGUGCUCUUCAUUCACACUGUACAUGUAGGCGGCAGUGUUAGUAGAAGCAUUUUAAAAACAAGGUAAACUCAGCAGCCUCACUAAAUGUGGCGUGAGCCUGGUAUUUCAGACGUGGUCAUGUGAAAUGGAGGCGAUCAAGGGAGAGUUCUGUUUAUAUACCCUGGUCAAGCUGCCCGGAACCAGCACCUCCGUACUGGCCGCCCGCACAGAGCCUCCCAGCUGCAGCAGAUGCUGAGGCCACAACGUUCUGGCAGCUGGGAGGCAGCUGCUUCUAGCAGCAGGUCCGGACUAUGCCCAGCCAGAAAGGGUCAGUGAUUGAACUGUUCAGCAGAAUUUGCCCAAGAAUUCAGAGUUCUGUUUAGAGGAGUUUUUUGGGGUUUUGUUUUCUUAAAGUAUUUGAAGCAUUUUUGUCACCAGCAAAGGUCUUCACUAGUUACUUAAAUAUAAUCUCAUGCUGUUAAACUUCAGCUUUAGGAAGCUUACUCUCUUCCAUUACCAUCCAUCCCAACUGGAAGGAGUUAGCAGCAAAUUUAGGAAAAGCCAGCUCCAAGGAUUAGCAGUACUGCUUUGUUCCAGGGAUCUAGACGGCCUCCCGACAGGCUUCAGAGGCAGGAAGCCCAUGAUAGCUCAUGGGCAAGGCUCGUCACUGUGCCUCACAUAUAGCAGACACUGGACAGCACCGGUGACCCGGAAACACUGUUAAUGGUGGUCACCCCACCCCUCUGCCUGCUGGGCCUGUCUUGAUCUGACACUACUUACUAGAAACACAGGCCUGGCGAGUGUGCCAUGGCCCCACGAGGCUAGGAGAUCAAGGCCUCCGUCCAGUGACGGGGAGCUCAGGACACUUUGCUGUAGCAAAGCAGGUACCUGCAUUUAUGGAGGUGGAAGUGGUUCAGAAAAGGACUUACCAUAGAAUUCCUUCAGAUACCAAGCUCUCCUAGUACAUUUGUGGUUAUUUUAUUCACAAAAUUUUUUGGGACCUCUGUGUUGCUUAAUGCAAGAUCUGUCUCUGCUGAUGUCUCAGUGAGUCGUUCUGUUCAACCACUUACCAGGGCUUCCACACAUUAUUUAUUCUACCCAGGUGGGUCUUGUUUGCUGCCAUUGGCAGAGACAGCCAGCUGGCUGUUCGGGUGGGUCUCCGAUACAGCUAUACUGUGUAAACCAGUGAUUCCCAGUCUUUUUCAAGUUAAGACACCUGACCAUUGCUUAUUUGAUUUUAUGAAACGUGAGUUUUUUUUCUCCCUAAAGGAAAAAAAGCUUUAUGACAUAUUUAUUUUUUUAAUAAAACUAAGCAAAAAUAAAAGUUCUGGUAAUUCUUUGA